CUCCUUUCCCCCCUCUCCCCCCCAAACACUUAGGUGGUCCUCUUGUCUGCCACCAUGCCGAUGGAUGUGCUGGAAGUAACCAAGAAAUUCAUGAGAGACCCCAUCCGUAUCCUAGUGAAGAAAGAAGAGCUGACUUUGGAGGGGAUCCGGCAAUUCUAUAUUAACGUGGAGAGGGAGGAGUGGAAGCUGGACACCCUCUGCGAUCUCUACGAGACCUUGACCAUCACCCAGGCGGUUAUCUUCAUCAACACCCGGAGGAAGGUGGACUGGCUGACGGAGAAGAUGCACGCCCGAGAUUUCACCGUUUCAGCCAUGCACGGGGACAUGGACCAGAAGGAGCGUGAUGUCAUCAUGCGAGAGUUCCGCUCCGGAUCCAGCCGAGUCCUCAUCACCACCGACUUGCUGGCCCGAGGCAUCGACGUCCAGCAAGUCUCCCUGGUCAUCAACUACGACCUCCCCACCAACCGCGAGAACUACAUCCACCGGAUCGGCCGAGGCGGACGUUUCGGCCGCAAGGGCGUGGCCAUCAACAUGGUGACGGAAGAGGACAAGCGCACCCUUCGCGACAUCGAGACUUUCUACAACACCUCCAUCGAGGAGAUGCCUCUCAACGUGGCUGACCUGAUCUGAGUUGGCCUGGGGCCGAGAGAGAGGGGGGAGGUCACUGUGCCGGGACACCCACCCCUCCCCAUCCCCUCCCUUCUCUCCCCAUCCCCAAAAUUUAGAGGCACAGUAUUCUCCCAUUCCUGCCUUUUGGGUUGGGUUUUUUUUAUAUAUAUAUUUUUGAGGGGUCCUUUUGUUUUUGAUUUUUUGUUUGUUUUGUUUUAAUUAUUUUGGCCUUUUGAAUAAAUGUCACUUUUUUGGGAAGUUUAUUAUUUUUAUUGUUUGGGGUGGGGGUGGGGAGGCAGAACGAAAAAUCUUUGUGUUUUACUCCGGGUGCUCUGGCUGUGUCUUGUUCAACCUCACUUCUCUUUCUCUUCCCCCUCCCUCCCUAUAAAAUGCAGAACCAGAGUUAUCCUUCCCCCUCCCCCCCUUCCUCCGCCAGGAAAAUUGAAAGUAACAAAAAACACUUAAUUUUGUAGGGUAGUUAUAAGGGGUUUGGGGGGGAGGGAUUUACAAACCUUUCGACAAGAAUCAUGGUGCUAAAACGGAGGAACUAUUUUAGCUUGAGAAUCUUUUUUUUAAAAAAAAAACCUACCUCAAAACAGGUCAUGGUUUUUUUUUUUUCCUCUCUCUCCCCCUGUCUGAAAUUCAAAACAAAACCAAAUUCCCAAGACACUUUCUCUCUCUCUCUUCCUCUUUCUACCUAUAUAUCUCUUUCGGAAUGAAACCUUUCCUCCCUCCCUCCAAAAAUACCCACAUUUUUUUAAAUAAAACCGGGAAAAAAAACAUUUUUCAUACAGCAAACAUUUUAAAAAAAAUCAAUAAAAAAAAUCA